AUGGAUAUUAACAUGAUUGACUUGAUGGAUCUAGAAGAUUUGGACAUGCUAGACACUACUCGGCGACCUGAUAGACAUCGACAUCGUGUGAAUCCGUUUGAAUUGAGUGACGAAGAUUUUAGGUAUAAGUAUAGGUUCUCAAAACGUUUCGGAGAAAAAAUAGUGGGUAUCUUACGUGAGGAUUUAGUGCACGACCCUCGAGGAUGCCCAUUGAGUCCUGAAAUUCAAGUGGUUUGUGCAUUACGCAACUGGGCUCGCCAUGAAAUUCAAGACGAUACAGCUGAUUUACAUGGUGUGUCUCAACCAGUAGUAAGUAGGACAUGUAAAAAAGUAGCGGAAAUUUUGUCACGGAAGUCCCGAGAAUUUAUUAAAAUGCCUACUACUUUAAAUGAACAGCAGGAAACCAUUAGGAAAUUUCGCAGUAUUGCUAAUUUUCCUACAGUAAUUGGCGCAAUUGACUGUACUCACAUACGAGUAAAGAAAGUGAAUGCUGAUGGGGGUCAGUUAUAUAUUAAUAGAAAAGGAUUUUCUUCAAUUAAUGUACAGGUGGUUUGUGACGCUGACCUGAAAAUCAUGGACAUUGUUACCAGGUGGCGUGGUAGUGUACAUGACUCCAGAAUAUUCCGAGAAUGUAGACUAAAACAGAGGUUUGAGGCUGGUGCAUUCUCUGGAAUAUUACUUGGUGACAGUGGCUAUCCUUGUACCCCUUACCUAUUUACACCGCUGCUGAACCCCACAACACCACAAGAAGAAAGAUAUAAUAGGAGCCAUAUCCGUACCAGGAACACAGUGGAAAGAUGUUUUGGUUUGUGGAAGCAACGGUUUCGUUGCCUAUUAAGAGGUAUGUUUGGAGAUAUUGAAACAGCAAAAAAAACAAUUGUUGCAUGUGCUGUACUACACAAUAUGGCCAUCGACAUGAGAGAAGAUGUGUUUUCUGGUGAGAGAGAUAGCAUUGAACAAUAUUCAUCUGAACCUAUAGUACAAAGAUAUAUUGCACCAUCAAUAAGGGGAAAUAUUAGAAGAAGACAGUUUAUUGAAACUCAUUUUCAGUAG